CUGUACAUUAAAACGAGCGCACCCCAGCUAGACGAAGCCACCCAGGGCCAGAGCACAUAACAGAUCAGGGAGUGAGCGAGAGAGGACAACAACGCAUUACCAACGAAGUAACAGACAAAUCGUUUGUUCACGGUCUAUAAUGGGGAGGUUGUGUGAGGUGGCUCUUGUGUCCCUUCUUUUUGUGUUUCUCCUGAACACUGAAUCAACAUGGGCUAAACGAGGAAGCAGCAGCAGCAAGAAAACCUCAUCGUCUUCCAGCAACAAAGGUGGGACACAGUCGAAACCAUCCUCUCAGCCAGGAAGUUACCCCCGACAGCCACAGAGUCCCAAUAGAAACAGCAAUCCAUAUCCUGGUGGUGGAAGUUAUCCAGGCAAGACUAAUCCAGGAGGAGUUCCUAGACAAAACCCACCAAAUAAUCCAGGAGUCGGUAGUAACCCAAACCAGUAUCCUGGUAGAGCCAAUCCUGGAGGUUAUCCAAACCAGAACCCUGCACCUGGAUAUCCAGCCGCUGGGGGGUAUCCUAACCAAAACCCAGGGAGAGGGAAUUAUCCAAAUCAACAUCCACCAGCAGGAGGUGCCUACCCCAACCAAUAUCCAGGCAGAGCUGGCAACCCAGGAGGAUAUCCUAACCAGUACCCAGGUGCAGGAGGCUACCCAGGUGCAGGAGGCUACCCAGUCAGAGGGGGAAAUACAGGACAGGGGUGGGGUCAGCCUCCUGCGUAUCCAGGGGGUGGUUACCCCGGUGGAGCAGCUGGCGGUUACACCAACUGGAACCCAAAUAAUAAGAUCAUGAGUCCCCGCUUUGGUGGAGGCUAUGGUGGAGGAUAUGGGGGUGGAGGAUAUGGGGGUGGUCAUGGGAUGGGAGGGGGGUCUCCUUUCUCUCGUUCUGUGCAGGGUAUGGGCUACCAGCCCCAGUCUUCAGGUUUUGCCAAAAAAGCCAUGUUGGCGGCAGGCGUUGGUGCUGUGGCUGGGAUGGCCGUUGGAUAUGGAUUAGGGCGCUUCCCACGACCACACUUCAAUUUCCGCAACCCUGAAGAAGAGCAAUACUACAACAGCUACAUGUACCGCCGUUAUGGCACCCAGUCCACAGAUGAAAAGGACUAUGGCCGUGAUUAUGUCUACAAGCCUCCUCCGCGGGCGGAGACUUACGACAAGUUCAUGGAGCGCUGCAUGAAUAGGACUGACCUUCUCAAAGAUCAAGGGGUCACGCCUAAGAGUGAAGAUGAUCAUGACACCGUUGGCAUCGAGGAGAUUGGAUACCCAUCCCUAAUUGAGCAGGUGAAGUCCCGGCGCUGUGUUGAGGAGUUCAUGAUAUACUCUGAGCGCUUUCUGCAGCAACGAAAAGCUGAGCAGCAACUCCAGCCAAGUCGCAGCAGCCCUCUGAGCUACGGGGUGAUUCAACUUAUCACCUCCCUCCUGAUGCUUCUUUCCAGCAUGCUCCUUCUCCAGUGAGAACAAGUAGUGCUCCUUUUACCAUUCCCCAAAUGGAUUUCUACUUCCUCCGUUAUAUCUGCACGUCCACAUACUACUAAUGUAUAUUAUCUCCAUAGCAACCUCUCCGGGUCAUAUUUAGUCAAUCUUCUAUUAUCAAUGUGUAUAUACUAAGUAAUGGAGUCAGUUUUAAGAGGCAGCAGGCAGUUACAUUUUAGAGAUCAACAGCUGUGUGUCGUACAAGCUGCACUAUUACUUUCUGUUAAUUAUUUUAGGAAUCAGUUUAGCAUCUCUGUUAUUUUGCACUUUUUUACUACGCACUGAAUGCAUAUAAAACAGAUUCAGCGUGCUUUAGUUCAGUUUUAGUGACCAUUUAUUGUGACAGUUUGUCUGCUACUGUGUAAAAUAGGAAUAUGACAUUAAGGCUUUAAAAUAUGUACAAAAAUAUACAACUAACAUCAUUCCAUCAUUCAUACAGCCUUUUCAUCUGUUCUGGACAAUUCAACAGACUGAUUGUGUAAUUGGUUAAAUAUGUUUAAUCAAAGGGGAAAUCUGAUUUAAUCAAAUAUAAAAGAAUGUGUAACCUUGUCUAAGAUAAUGUCUUAAGCACAGUGCAGGUGUAGUUAUCACUUCCAAAUAAUGUAGUUCGAAAAUGGGAACAAACGGAAAGUUGAUCUUCAGCUGUUUUUUCUAAGGACCACUGGAAGAAAAGAAGAUACGUUAUACAUGAGAAAGGAACGCAUACAUGCCUUCAGUCCACCACGUGAUUGGUUUGCUCAGCAUGAUGAUCUGUGGUGAUGAUUGGCUCUGCAUUGUUAUUCUCAUAAAACACUUGUUUGUUUGCAAAUCAAGACACAUUUCCCUCAUGAUCACCACACUGGGAGACAUCAUGUAACCGUGAUGGGAAAUGUUGGAGGCCAUGUCCCGUUGGACAAAUGGUUUAACUAUCCCACAUUUAAACACUUGUAUGACAGAAAUCAAAACAAGUCCAGCCCCCCUCCUUCUCAGGUACAUAACACUCACGCAUUGUUUGUUGCCUGUAAAAUCCUGGAUUGCAUGUAAUAGCUAUUGACAGUCAGUGAGCAUGUGUCCUUUGAUGUGCAGCUAAUGUCGUCAUUAGAGGUGUAGUGAUGUCGCUAUCCUGCCUGCAGCUCUUUGAGGUCAAUUUGUUGACUAUUGCACCUGAUGCUUUAAACCUGUGCAGUGCUACAUGCAGUUUGGGCAAAGCUGAGGUUCGAUUUGAGGUUUUCAACAGAUAAGGUCCACAGCAAUUCAAUACUUUAAUCCUAAACUCUGGCCUCUAGAACUAAGCUUUCUGUAACCUUACUCAUCACACAUCUCUUCCUGUCGUGUGAUGUCGUUGGAGAGUGAGAUUUAGAGACAUUGCCACAUGUUGGCGGGUCUGUAGAUACCUUUUCACAAACGCUAGCCUCCUCUGGCUCUUCAUGGUGUUUGUAUCUCAAUGAAUUACACAUUUUGUCUCCUUUUCCUCCCACUGGGUUUGUGAGAUUGUGUAUUACUGAAGUUUAUCUGUAAAUCUUUAUCUUUUAUCUGUUUUAAUUACUUCUUUGCCUCUGGGUUUUGUGAAGCACUUUGUAACUGUGUGUUUCGAAAAAUGCUACUGGAAAUGAAGUUUGCAGGCUUUUUAAGGAAGUUUUACCCCAAGUAAAUGUUCAGUUUAAAGAAAAACUGUGUAAAUUUGAGCUAUUUUGACAGAGUACUGCACACACACACACACACACACACACACACACACGCACACACAAUGUUUAGUGUGUAGUAACGAAGAAAGUGAAGCGAACGCUGUCUAAAUGUUGACAGUUUAUCUGGAAGUGAUAUGCACUGUUGUAUAGUAAUUUUAUUUUGUUCUUCUUCAUUAUUAUUAUGUCUUCCUUCGUAUUUCACUUUUAUUGCUUAAACCUCUGGGUUAUUUGUUUUCAUGCUGCACUCACAGGGUUUCUGUAUUGUUGAUUCUGGCUAAAUGUUUCCAGUUAAUUUGAAAUGACAAUUUGAGAUUUUCAUACUAUCUAGACUAGAAUAUCUGUAAAGUGCACUUAGUUCUCUUUAGGUUGAGAUAUUCUGUAACCGUCAUUGAGCUCAUAUUGGGAGGACAGACAUCUAAACCUUCUGCUUUUGACUUGCACUUGUUAAUGCUUUGGGUUACUAAUAUGAUUUAAUAUAGUUUGUCAUGGAUGUUUAUGUGUUAAAUAAAAUCAGUUACACAAUAA